ACGAAAAGAUAACCUAGUUUACGAAGGUUGUCCAAUCUAUUUUUUGUUUCACGUGGCAGCGUUCGGCAAUUGUUUUUUGUGAACGAAAAUGGCGGAAGGACCGAGUAAAACCGAUAUCGAAGCAAUUUUUAAGCGGUUACGAUCGAUUCCAGCCAACAAAACAUGUUUCGAUUGUGGGGCAAAGAAUCCAACAUGGUCAACCGUUACUUUUGGUGUCUUCAUCUGCAUUGAUUGCUCUUCAGUCCACAGAAAUUUGGGGGUUCACCUCACAUUUGUUCGAUCCACACAGCUGGACACGCAAUGGACGUGGGUGCAGCUGAGGAGCAUGCAACUUGGAGGAAAUGCCAAUGCGGCUGCUUUCUUCCGACAACAUAAUUGCUCCACAGUGGAUGCUCAGACCAAAUACAAUUCUAGAGCAGCUAUUCUAUACAAGGAGAAACUUUCAAAUCUUGCGCUUCAGUCUUUGAGAAUUCAUGGAACCCAGCUUCAUAUUGAUUCAGGCACUGAAGCCCCAGCUCCCCAAGAAAAGAAGGAAGAAGACUUUUUUGCUGUAACUGAAGCAUUUCCUGAUACAUCACUUGUGAGUACAAAUGGAUCACUCAUGCCCAAGCCAAUUGUUCCUGAACCUGUCAAACCAAAAGAUGACUCUGAAGACCAAGGUGCUGGACCUAAUGUCAAUGUUAUCAACAACCCACCUGCUCAUGUUGCGGAACCAAAAGUUGCUAAAUCUCUUAUCGGACAGCGCAAACCAGCUGCCAAGAAACCAGGGAUGGGCGCUAAAAAAGGAUUGGGCGCGACCAAAGUACACACCAAUUUUGACGAGAUCGAGAAGGAAGCCCAGCUUGCCGACUCACUGCGUUCUCAGAAAACGGCAGAAGUCAAACCAGAAGAAAUUGAAUCCCAGACAAGCUCUCUACGCCUAGCGUAUCAAGAUUUGAGCCUCGAGUCGAAGAAACAGUCUGAGAGACUACAAAAAGUAGAUCCAUCGAAAGCGCAACAGGUGGAACGUCUCGGCAUGGGAAUCUUGUCGGCGAACACUGGCCCUAGGAAUAUCAGUCAUUCUGCCAUGACCGACAUGCCUAUUAUUCAACAAGAUUCUUCAGCCUUUACUAGCUCCAAUACGUCGUCCGUAUUGGCUGCCAUGGAUAGGAAGACAUAUUCGGCGACCGAAGAAUCUUCAAACUCUUUCUACUCCAAGAAUUCCGGACUUGAUGAUUUGCUGACCCGUGGCGGAAGCAGCAAAUCUAGUCGCGACUCUGAUUGGGACAUGUUAAGCGAUUUCGCUCCCGUUUCCAAGCCGUCUCAAAGUGCGGCCUCGUCUUUUGGUGGUGGUCCAACUUCCUCCAGCUCGAAUUACGGAUCAUCUACGGCCAGUAGUAAAUUAUCCGGCUCAAUUUAUGGCUCCUCAUCGAAAACGAAAGACUCGCAGUCAACAGUCGAUAGUGGCGAAGCGCAGAAAAAGUUUGGCAGCGCUAAAGCUAUUUCGUCUGACCAAUUUUUCCAGGAUUCCGGCAGUGCCGAGCAGGAACGAAGGUCGAACUUAUCACGAUUUCAGGGCUCGUCGGGAAUCUCUUCUUCGGACUAUUUCGGGACAGGUAGUUCUAAUACUGGACGUUCCAAAAACGCGGCUGGACCUUCUUACAACAUCCAGACCCCGGAUUUGGACGAAGUGAAGGAAAGCGUCCGCCAGGGCGUCACCAAAGUGGCAAGCAAACUCUCCUCAAUGGCUAACGAUUUCGCUAGCAGCAUACAGGAUCGUUACGGUUAUUAAUUUAUUGCAAUAGAGAUGAAUAACAAAGAGGAACUACCGGGAAAACAUCAUUUCAUCGGGACCUCACGCUUCCUUAAAAAUCCGUUUACAGAUUUGUUUCCAAUAUUGGUAGAGAUUUAAAAGAAAAAAACGAUUUUUUUUUUUGGUCUGCAUCUCUUUAAAAAAUAAGGGAGGGGAAAAUCUACCUAUAAAAAAAAAACUAUGAAAUUCCGAGUCGCAAAUUGCAUUGCUCUUGGCUGUGUGGUUGGAUCACUCACUCCCAAAUCGUUUUGGUUUAUCCUUUUUUAAGAAUAUCUAUAUUUUUCUUCCCUUCUUUUUAAUUUACCUGUCCCAUUAAUUUAGUUUCCCACUUUUUUUUUAUUUCUCCCUUUUAAGUAUAAGAAUAUUGGUUCUGUUUCCUUCUCUGUUCUCUUCUGCAGCCAAUACAAAACAAUAUCAGCCA